AAAAAUGGCCGCAAUUUCAAUGAGUCUAAACCUAAUCGGUGCUUUUAAGGGUCUGUCUUUAUCGUCAAGCUCUUCCUCAUCAUUUUUCAAGGGCGAAUUCAACGUGGCUCCUAGAUCAGUCACCGUUUCCCUCCCACACCAAACGUUGUUCUCGUUAACCAUUGAAUCCACCCACAAAAAGGGAGCCGGCAGUACGAAGAACGACCGUGAUUCGCUAGGUCAACGCCUCGGUGUUAAGAUUUAUGGUGACCAGGUGGCCAAGCCUGGUGCCAUUAUUGUUCGUCAGCGUGGCACCAAGUUUCAUCCAGGAAAGAACAUAGGGAUUGGGAAGGACCACACAUUAUUCUCGUUGAUUGAUAGGCUUGUGAAAUUUGAGAAGUACGGUUUUGAUAGGAAGAAGGUAAGUGUUUACCCACGGGAAGUGCAGCCUGAAAAUCCCAACAGUUACAGAGCAAGAAAGAGAGAGUACUUCAGGUUGCAACAUGAGAAAAAAAAGGCUAGAAAGGAAGGUUAUGUAGCUCAACCACAAUUGGUAUUGGCUUCUUUUGUUGUUGACGAUGCAUAA